UUUUGUUGAAGAUUUUCUUUUUCCCUUUUGAAUUGGUGUUUUCAGGUAAAUUUGUGUUUUUAAUCUGUCAAAGGGAAGGGAAUAUUGACUGUAAAUUUUGAUCUUUUUCAUAUAUUUGGCCAUAUUAUCUGGUAUAUUUUCAACCUGCUCUUGCAUUUGUUGGUUUUAGCUUGCCUCAAAUUAAAGCCAAAAAACAAAUAUGGUGAAAAUCAGAGGCGGAGCUACGAUUUCAACUUUAUGGUUUAAGAUUUUAGGAUGAUGACUUCAAGCAACUAAUAAUUGAGUUUUAAAUUUAAUAUUUAUACAUAUUUUAAGUAUAUGUAUAAAUAUUAUCAAAAGAAAUUAUCAAAAGAAAAAUGAACUUUACUCACAGGAAGAGAGAACACUAAUUGUAGGCUGGCAUUCAUAGGUUAAGAAAAGGAUACAACUAAUGUUCGAUAAAAACUUACUACCGCACCGAAUGUUUACACAAAACUAAUGAAUGUAAGACAUACUCUACAGAAUACAGCAGUAGCCAGUAAAUCAAAGAAGUAAUUGCAUUGGCAAUCUGCACACAUCAAUACUGCAAUGGAGACAGCUACAAUUGAAGUAUUGCCUGAUUGCCUCAUUCGCAAAAUAGUUUCCUACCUUAGUUUUAAAGAAGCAGCCAAGAUGAGCAUUCUCUCCAAAACAUGGCUACAAGCCUGGUUGACUCAUCCCAACUUGGAAUUCACAGUUGAUUAUCACCACGACAUGAAAGUGGUGGAUAAAGUCAUGGAGAGAUAUAGGGACAGAAAAAUCCCUAUUGAAAAGUUUGAAUUAUCAUCAGAUUCUAGUUCUCGUGAAGAUAUUGAAAAGUGGCUCGGAAUCGCUCUUCAGAAUGGUGUUAAAGAUUGUAGAUUUCAUGGCUUAGCAUGCCCCUUGCCUAUUUUCAUAAUCUUGGCAGCAAAAUCUUUAAAAGAAUUGGUUUUGACACGUUGUAAUCUGAAGAGUGUUUCUUUAUCUAGAGUUUCGUCAUUGAUAGUUGUUAUGGGUUGGAUAAGAUCGAGCUGCGGAAUCUUCAAAAGAUCAGGAUUCUUUAUUCGGUGAGCAGUCUCAAGAAUAUUCAUUAAUUUGCAUCAGUAUGAAAGUGAGAACCUAUUAACUUCUUCUUGGCUUAUUUCCACUUACUGUUCUAAUUUCACUUUGAGGUUAUCCUGCAUAUUGUUUUGCGUUUAGACUUCUGAUUUUUGUUACCUGUGCAUCUUUUUCUUAUUUCAUAGGAGUAUAGAACUGCACUUUAUUUUUUCUUUUCUCACGUCGUGCUAAAUAGAGCUUAUGGACCAGAUUCCACAGCUUUUAGAGAUAAGCAGAAGCUGUGAUACUUCAAUCACAGCCAUUUAGUACAAGUUUGCUAAAAUAUAAGUGCCCGUUUGUUUCUGUAGCAGCUUGACGAAAGCAACAUAGAGUAUCGUUUGUCACUCCCCAGCAUAGAAAUUUUAUCCCUGGUACUCAACCUGCUGCAUAUACUAGUACUAAGAUGAUUAGAUGUAGUUAUAGCAUGGUAUAUUUCUCUUUUACCACCCAAUAUAAACCAAUGAAGUCUGUUUUACUUCUUCUGAGAUGCUAUUCAGAGUUUCAUCUUUCUCGAUCACUCAGGUCAGCUUUUUUGAUAAUUUUUCUCUCUUGUAAGCCCUUCCUUUCAUAUAUGUAAGAAUAGUGAUUCCUACAAGUUCGAAGCCUUGACUCGGAAAAAGGUCCACUACUCCAUCUCCAAAUGGACAAACACAGUAAGCAAUCGCAUCCUUUUUGUCUGUAAAUAAAUUUAAGCUUUUUUGGUCUCCUUAAUACUGAUUUGAUUGCUUCCAUAUAUUUUAAGAUGUUUUUCUUCCAUUUUUUGUCACAUUAGUGAUGGACAUGUCUUCCUUUUAGGGUUGUCUAAAUGAACUAGGGCAAAUUUGUUAUUUGAGGGUUUCUUGUCCUUAGAUAUCUGGUUUUGUUAUCCCUUUCAAUGUCCUUCCUAAUUUCAGUUUAAGACAGAUUUCCCCAUAUCAAAUUUUAUAAUUUGGCUUAGGGUAAUGAUUUCCUUUCUGAAUAAAUUUUCGGCCACUAACUGUUACAGGGAAAGUUUGAGUUUGACAAGGAUUUUGAGUAUUGUUGAGACUUGAGAUUGCUUUGAUAGACAAAAGAUCAUUUUAUUACCAUUAUAUCAUUAUUGAGAGUGCCUAAAUCUUACUAGGGUGAGCAGCAUUGACUUCACGUUUAUAGAAGGACAAAAAAUAUGUAAUGCACAUUAUUUUCACGACAUAUACAGAAGCUAUAAAAUCCAGUAGUACUCUGUUUUCCAGUAGUAAAAGUCCACUGGGAUUAAGGAUUGAGACUCAAUCUGACAUGAAUCUCAAGAAAGGUAUCAUAUGUCAACGAUUUUUGUCUGGACAUUGACAGGACGUUUAGUGGCUCCUGACAAUCACUCCAUUGCCAAUCUUGGCGAAUGGUAUACUUGCGACUGAGGGUGGUAUAUGACUCAAUACUCUAAGUAAUCUAUUCUCUUCUAUUAUUCAGUCCUAUAGGUGGUGAAAUAACUUCCAACCUCGGAUCAACAGCUAGGCUUGCUAUUCAGACUGGGGCAGUUGGUACUUGGUAUCAUUGUAUUCAAAUCAUGGCUCUUGAACAUGUAUGUAACUUGCUUCUAACUUAGUACUUAUUCUUUUUGUUUCAUGUUACCUAAUUUUGUUGUUCAUGUAAUUCCAUAUUUCAGAGGGUGUGGACUAAAUUGUUUUUGUCUAGGUAAUUAGGAAUAAGAAUGAAUUGGCAUGGACAUUUUAUACUCAAAUUUUCUCUGGAAAUUUUAUCAUGAGCUUGAUAUGAAUCUUCUUAUAAAAGUGUUCCUCAAUUCAGAACUUCCAUUACUUUUUCCAGAUGAUCGGUCAUGGACAAUGUUUUGCAAUGAGCAAAAUAUGAACUCUCCCUUCGAUGCUCGCAAUUUCUUGCUUGAUGGUCAUUAUAAAAGCAUAGUUUUUCUGUAACAACGUUGAGCGUGUUUCUUUCUUCUUCUUCUCUCUCUCUCUCUAUAUAUUUCUCUUUCCGCCUUCUGUUAGAAUCUAUUGAUUCAAUAAUCAAGAGAAAUGGUCUCAAGCUCAAAGCCAUUAUUCCUUAACCCCUGGAAUUGAAGGCAACAAUUCAAGGAGAAUUUUAGCAGUUCAUGGCUAAUUGCUUUGACUAUUGCAAGAUUUCUUUUCCAUUUGGUUUCUAUUUAUAUUCUUCUAUAUCAUCAAACUAACAUUUGUGACAAACAAGAAUGUGUUAUUUGUACUCAGUCCAACAAUAAAUCAUGUUCUUCUCCAUCUCUACUUAAUUUCUGGUUGUCAAACGUUUUUAAGUAGAAUGUCUACUGAAUCACGAAGAGACCAUGUGACAACUGUUUUUUUCUUAUUCUGUUUUGAUGAAAAGAAAAAAAUACAUUAAAUAGGAAGAAACACGUACAAAAAAAAAGAAGGUAAAAAUGUUAAGAAAAAAAGAAGUUGAAACUUUAUUUUCUAAAUAUCAAAUUUGAAAAGUUAAUAAAGACAUUUAUUUCGAACCGGAUGGAAUGGUUUCUUAAUUAUGAAAGGAGGAUAAAAAAUACCUAUGUGCAAACAAUUUUUGAUUCUACAUCCCAAAAUAUGUGUUGGGAUUCAAGUACUACCGUUAACACAUAAAAUUUUCAUUUCAGUUUUUUUUUUUUUUUUUUGGAAUAUGUUUAUAUAUUGAGAAGGGAGAUGCAUGGAAACUAAAAAACUAACGUAAUUUAUUAACUUCUCAAAUAGUCAUAAUAGUUAAACAAACUGAUAAAUUUCUAAAUUUAUUAAAGUUUUUAUUGACCGCAACUAAUUCCCUAGGUACUCUUUAAAUCCAAGUCCAAGGUUUUUUAGGAUUAUCAAAAAGCCUUUAAAUUAUAGCACCGAACUUGGCUUAAUUAAAUCAAAAGGUUUUAUGCGAGGUAGAAUUCUGCCUAAAAAAAGGGUUUCCUUUACUUUUCCUUGUAGUUGUAGGAGUGUGACUUUAUUAUAUAAAAGAAGCAAUCUAUAAACUCUGAGUGAAUUUGUAGCAACGAAGAUGGCGAGAGUAACAGCAGACAUAUUGCCUGAAUGCCUUAUUCAAAAAAUACUCUCUUAUUGUUCUUUUAAAAGAGCAGCCAAGAUGAGUAUUCUCUCCAAAACAUGGCUACAAGCUUGGUUGACUCUUCCCAACUUAAAAUUCAGAGCUCGUUAUUAUAAGGACGUGGAAAUAACGGACACAAUCCUCGAGAGAUACAGGGACAAUAAUAUCCCUAUUGACACGUUUGAAUUUUUAAAUUGUUUAGAAUCUUAUUCUCGUGAAGUUUUUUUCCCUCCGAUUGGUAAGUGGCUUGAUAUCGCUCUUCAGAAUGGUGUAAAAGAUAUAGUGUAUGAAGAUCCUAGGCGCUUGGUUAGAUCAUACCCUUUGCCUAUAUUCAAAAUCUUGGCAGCAAAAUCUUUAAGAGAAUUGGUUAUGGAGGGUUGUGAUCUGAUGUUGCGGGGUUCAUUAUCUGGUGGUGUCACGAACUGCAUUUCUUUGAGAAAACUCUCUCUAUCGUAUGUAAGGUUGGACAACAACAUGCUUCAGACUCUACUUAAUAGUUGUCCCUUGAUUGACACUUUCAUCCUUGAGUAUUGUCCAGGGUUGGAAAAGAUUGAGCUGUUGAAUCUUCAAAAGAUCAAAUCAGUUUCCAUUAAGACACGUGGAAACCAGCGUGUUAAAAUUCAAGCACCAACUCUUGAACGCUUGUUUUGUUGUGGUGCUUUGGAAGAGUCUCCUAUGUUGGAUGUUGUCGAAUAUCAGAAUCUGAAAUCUUUAGAGCUAUCAGGUAUGAAUAUAUCCGAUGGAUUUCUCCAGCACCUUUUUUCUAGAUCUCAAUCCCUUGAGAGUUUAAUAUUAGACAAUGUCUGUAAAGGGUUGGAAAGGUUUAAGAUUUGCGGGAGUCAAUCCCUAAGGAUCUUGCAGAUUAAGGAUCGCGAGGACAAAGUUGGAGAGAUUGAUGCUUCAAAUUUGGUAUCACUUGAGUAUAUGGGAGAUCAAAUUCCUAAGCUUAAAAUUGCAAAAGAGUCAAGCCAAUUGAAGCGCUCACAUAUCCGUCUUGAUUUCUGGUCCGGGAAUAAUUUAAAUGCUUCAUGGUUCCGUAAAUUGAGGAUAUUCCUAUUAAGCUCAAUCUCUUGGUCUCAAGUUUCCCUUUAUUUUCACAAGUGCAAUGAGAUCAACAUGAAAGAUUUGCGACUUCACCACAGAGUUGCUACCCCCCAAGUAAACGUUUUAAAUGUGUAUAUAAAGUCACGUAAAGGGCUUCCAACUUUUGUGGAUGCUUUGCUAUGGAGUUGUCAUCCUAGGAAACUCAUGCUAACCUCAACUGUUGAAAUGGUUACAUGUUUCACCGAUCGUUUAAUGUAUAUGAAGAAUAGCAAGCCCUUGUACAGCCAAUUAAAAGACGUAAAAGCCUAUAAAUUUGAUUGUAAAUAUGAGGCCCUUACGGAGAAGAAGAAAGUUUAUUUUUUAUUAGAUUGGUGAUGCAGUUAAUUUAUUAAAUAUGACUAAGUUGGUGUUCUGUUUUC